AUGAAAAAAGAAAAUAUUAUUAAUAUUAAUUUGGCGAGGAAAUUCAAACCACCAGAGAUUCGAGAAAAUUUUAAAUUGACAGAAAAAAUCGAUCCAUGGCAAUUUGGUAUAAUGAUAUAUGAAUUAUUAUAUAAACGAGAUGGUGUAAUAAAAACUCCAACUUAUAGUCCCCUUACAAAAUCUCCUCUAAGCUCUUUUAAAUAUCCGUCACCAUCUCCUAAAUUUUCACACAAAUCGCCAAGUAUCCAAGGAAGUACAAGUGAAAUUAUUGAGACUUACUCUGCAUCUAUUUUUAAUUAUGAUUAUUUUGACAGUCAAUUAAACAAUUAUCGAAUGGAUAAGAGUAAAAACAGUCUUGUAGAUCGAGUUAUAAAAGUAAUUAUGAAUUAA